AUGGACCUCCAAGAAUUUCUAUUAUACCUCCAUCAAUGUGCAUAUGAGGUUGCAAAGCACCUGUUUACGACCAACCUUGCCGGCAGAGAUCGUGCAACCUUGCGAUUGGUAUCCCAUACCUUUAACGAUAUCAUGUUGGACUAUCCCAUACUCGAGUGCCUGGUCAUAUCUACCCACGAAGAAGAUCUCCGUUACCUGGAAACUAUUUGUGAAAACGACAAGCUCCUUGGCCGCGUCUCGGCUUUGAUCUGGAAUCAUGAUACCCACAACUUUUUGAGUCUUUAUUACGGCCGAAGUCUCGUGUAUAGAGAUGUGCCGGUACAAUUCAGCUUCGCCGAGCUCAUGGAUGGACUGUUUCUAGACCAAGGGCGGAUCGAUAAUACAGAAAACCUAAGCACCAAACAAUAUUUAGUACGGGCAAAGUUGGCCAAUGAACAAUACAUUAAUCUAAUGCAGAAUCGCGACUACAAGGUAAUGCGGAAGAUCCUGCCAAAGCUCAAACGCGUCAUUAGGAUUAAUUUCUCGUGGGAUUUGUAUCUAGCCUCCCCAUCCCAUUCCCAGUGGCGGGCAAUGUGUGACUCGGAACAAAUAGACCCCAUUCUAUUUCAAGAGCGAUUGAAUAAUCACUGGGCAUACACAAACGGUCUGUGGUUCCCCGAAAUAUGGACUAACCCGAUUUUGCUCCAGUUUCUUUUUCCACUCUCAGAAUCCGAAUAUGACAUGUUGGCGCACCUCGCAGUUCGUGGGAUCAGAUUCUUUGAAUCCUUGUGGCGCCAAAAUACCGAGCUUCCAGAAGAUAUCCGUCUGCGAUAG